UGUGGCUUCUUGUGCCUCCGAGGUACAAAGAGCAAGCGGAUCAGGUCGAGAGCGAAGGACAGUAUGCAGCUACUUGACGUACAACUCAGCCAGUUCCACUGCUAUGUUGUCAUAUGUUAUGGAGUCCAAGAGACACAUUCUCAGCUCAAGGUCAUCAGUAGUUGUCUGGUUGAGGGUUUUGGUGAAAUAUGGAGGAAUGUGGAGAGAACAACAUGUACUGGUGGAGUGACAGUCUCCACCAUCCCAGAGAGUGUC